AUGAAUCGAUAUUUUGUUCUGUUUUAUUUAGUGAUAUUAGUGACAAUACCGCAUUUUGUUAAAACUUUAGAAAACGGAUUAGCUAGGACACCACCGAUGGGAUGGAUGUCUUGGACGAAAUUUUAUUGCCAGAUGGAUUGCGCACAACAUCCUUUCACAUGUAUCAGUGAAAAACUUUACAUGGAUAUGGCUGAUCGUAUGGUAGCAGAUGGUUAUCUGCAGGCAGGUUAUCAGUACGUUCAUGUUGAUGAUUGCUGGAUGGAACGAAAACGGGAUCAGAACAGUCGUCUCGUUCCGGAUCGGCAACGCUUUCCAAGCGGAAUGGCUGCACUUGCUGAUUACAUGCAUCAACGUGGCUUGAAAUUUGGUAUUUACGAAGAUUAUGGCACAGCUACGUGUGCUGGUUUUCCGGGCAGUUAUCAGCAUACAAAAAUAGAUGCCGACACAUUUGCUGAAUGGAAGGUUGAUUAUCUCAAGCUUGAUGGCUGUAACAUUAAUGUCGAUUUGAUGCCCACCGGUUAUGCUGAAAUGGGUCGAAUGCUAAAUUUGACUGGUCGACCUAUCGUUUAUUCAUGCAGUUGGCCUGCUUAUCUCAUUAAUCAACCGGAAAAGGUUAAUUAUCAGUUAAUUGGGAAUCAUUGUAAUUUGUGGCGUAAUUUUGAUGAUAUAAAGCGUUCUUGGGCUUCCGUAAGAACUAUCAUCGAUUAUUACGAUCAUCACCAGGAUAAACACAUUCCUGCACAGGGUCCUGGAAGAUGGCAUGAUCCUGACAUGAUAAUUGUAGGAAAUACGGAAUUAACGGUGGAUCAAGCAAAAGUGCAAAUGUCCAUUUGGUCAAUUUGGUCUUCACCGCUAAUUAUGUCCAAUGACUUAAGAAUGAUUGCACCCGUUUUUCGAGAUAUUUUAUUAAAUAAACGAGUUAUUGCUAUUGAUCAAGAUCCACUUGGUAUUAUGGGACGAUUAGUUGCUAAUACCACCGAUACUGGCAUUUAUACUAAGCCCGUGCUUCCAGCAGAACCAUCAGCUCAUCGCUACUCUUAUGCUGUAGCCAUUUUCAAUCGUAAUCUCCAUCGAAAAAUGAAUGUGCGCUUUUUGCUAUCGAAAAUUGGAUUAAAUAAUUCCGAUGGCUAUUUGGUGCAAGAUUUAUGGAGCGGUGAGCUUAAAGGCUUACUUAAGCCUAAUGAUUUUUAUUCCACAGAUGUAAAUCCUACUGGCAUUGACUUUUUUAAAGCAACUUUGCCAGAUUUAUAG